CAACGUUCAUAAUGUAAAGAAGCACGGUGUCCGUAUGGUGUCUCUUACGUCAGGGGUUCAGCAUGUCCGGAGCACUUGAUCACCCUUUCCGCUGGGCCCCUCGCCUCUGAAGCUGACGACCCUCGACCAGUGCACACUUACACUGUAUCCAACAUGGCGACAGCUGGAGCCGCCAUUCUUCCACUUCUUCUCUGUUUAUGUCUGGUAGAUGUGUGUUCCGGUUACAACAUUGACGUUGUCCACGCCCGUGUCCUCCAUGGACCAGAAAAAAGUAUGUUUGGAUACGCCAGUGCCUUCAAGUGGACUCAGUCUGGAUAUAAGCUUACUGUGGGGGCCCCCAAGGACAACUCUACACGAAGGAACGCUACUGGCGCCACGCACGAAUGUGACGUGACAGCACCUCUGAAUUGUGUACAGACAUAUAAGAUCGAUCAAGAUGAUCUUGAUCUGGAGUCAAAAUCUGGAACCUGGUACAAUGCCCAUGAGAUGUAUGGUUCUAUCAUCGUGCAGUCAAACGACUCAACAACGAUGUGCGCGCCCCGAUAUGUUGACUUAGAGUUCGAGGCACAAAACUAUGCGUUCGUCACUGGACGAUGCAUCACAGCCAAAGAUACAGACGUCAAAUACUCGUAUCCGUUGAAAAUCUCGAAGGCAGACGGCUAUCUUAAGACCAGAGCAGGGUCUUCCAAGUACAUAUACUGGAACGGUAUGGGAGAGAGCGGAAUGUCAGGUGAUAUAAUGGAGGACGGUUCAGUUCUACUAGGGAUCCCAGGCUUCAAGGAGUGGAGUGGGGGCGUAGUGAUGCUGAAGAACAACAUCCUUAAACCAGUACAAAGAUUUGAUAUUCCCUUCACUGUUCCCGAUUACUCUUAUCUCGGAUACUCCGUGGCAACGGGGACGUUGUGUGGACAAGGAGACCCGUGCUUCGCUGCAGGUGCCCCUCGGGCAGAGAUGGUCAAAAUUAUAAUUUACAUCAAGUCAAUAAACACGCUUUCUCAGGUUCAGGCCCUGGAAGGCCAAAAGACAGGUGCUUACUUCGGUGCCUCCCUCUGUACGGCGGAUGUAAACGGUGACGGGCACGACGACCUGCUGGUCGGGGCUCCGUUCUUCACCGACGACAACGACGGCAGUGAUCAAAGCAAGAAGAUUUACAUGGAUGAAGGGCGGGUGUUUGUCUACCUCAACCUCCUCAAUGCCAAUAACCAGCGGUUCUUGACACGGAGAUCGGUUCUCAAGGGGAAGAAUGAACACGGAGCCAGAUUUGGAACUUCCAUCAGUAACCUGGGAGACAUCAACGGUGAUGGCUAUUCAGAUGUUGCUGUUGGAGCGCCAUACGAGGAUGAAGGACGCGGGGCGGUAUACAUCUACCACGGAGGGGAAGGAGGGGUGAACGCCGAGGCCAUGCAGAGAAUAGGAGGCCGCGACAUCAACGACACGGAGACAGUGGCGUCUUUUGGCUGGAGCAUCUCCAAACCUGCCGACGUGGACGGCAACAACUAUCCGGAUAUCGCUGUCGGGGCGUACCUCUCGGAUUCUGCAGUCAUUCUCAGAACGAGGCCCAUAGUUGACCUCCACGCCAACGUCACGACUGACCCCCAGCUGAUCAUCAAGGACAGGUCCAAUUGUCCGGCGGGGACUAACGCCGACAGAUGUUUCCUGUUGAGGAUCUGCUUCCACUACACCGGAGUCAGCCUACCUUCCAGCCUCAGGUUUGCGUUCGAUCUUUCCAUGGAUACACAAAAAGGAAACGGACAAAAACGUAUAUUGCUGAACUCCACACAGGGCUACGUGGGCUUCAUAUCUGAUGUAAUAACCGCAAAAAGCCAAACAGAAGUGUGCCGGGAGUUUCAAGCAAUCAGCGAAAAUAAACGCGCAGAUAAGGAUCCGUUCACUGUGGUCCGUGUGGAGGCCACGUACCAACUCCCACAACCGGCGGAUCCCAACUCCGACAUCCAGCCGGUCACCAACAAGUCACGACCCGACAAACUCACCAAGGACGUGGCCUUUCAACUUGAAUGUGGUGACGACAACCAGUGCUGGUCAGACCUCGUCCUUGACCUGUAUGCACGUAUCAAUAACGAGGAUGGGGCCGUUAUUAGGGAGGAUUUGAACAAGGAUAUCGUUAUCAAUGCUACAAAAGGCCUGGUGCUUGACGUGGCUGUCAGGAACGACAAGGAAACGGCAUUUGCCACAGUCAUAUAUGUCACCUGGUAUGGGAGCGUGGCAAUACAGACGACAGAAUCAUCGCCACAACAACCUGUCAUCUGCGACGGAGACCCUGAGGAAAUGGGAGUUUCCCGAUAUCGGCUGAAAUGUGACGUUCUUCUUCCGGUGUAUUCCAACGCGAAAUUUGCCUUUAACGUCUUCUACAGAGCCGAUAGUAUAAGGACGGAUAUGUCUCCUCUACAAUUUAACGUCUCUGUGCAGACCGGAAGUAACGAGACGACACCGGAUAACAACAAAGCCAGUCUAACUACUCGCGUCUGGAUCGAUGCUCAAACAGGAAUCAAUGGAAACUCCGAUCCCCACCAAAUUCUGGUACGGAUGGAUGAACUGGACAAAACCAAGGUUACCAUGGGGCACAAAUACGUCAUCAAGAACGCUGGCCCCAGUUUCUUGCCGCACACACGUGUCUCCGUCAACCUUCCAUACUUCAACCAGAAGAAGGAGGCGCUAGUGGAGGCAGUAGACAUCAGGCUUAUACAAGAGGAUGGAACCAGCGUUGCCUGUCCACAAUACCAUGAAAGUGAAGGUAUCGGCCAAAAUACAACCACAUCUCCGACCACGACUACGACUACGACUGAGUCAGGAGAGAGAACUACCGCCAACCUACCUCCCAUGCCACCUUCAAGUUUAAAAGAGAAACCGCUGGCCGUCUCAAGAAACAUCGGUAGCAACGUCAUUCGCAUGGACUGUGUCGACUUCAAGUGCGUUGAGUACACCUGUCCCCUGCAUCAUCUCAGCCCGGGGAGUAGUGCCAUCGUCAACAUCACCGUCUGGAUCCCAGGAAGCAAACUCCCCUUUCAAGAUCGGGUUGACUUCCUGAGGUACUACACUGAAGCCACCGUGAUCCAACCUGACCACCCCCUGCUCUACCCCUGGGGACAGGCUGUCGAGACGAAGGUAAUGACGCCAAUCUACCCCGAAAAUCCACCCGGCAAAGUCAACAUCUGGAUCAUCAUCGGCAGCGUCCUUGCCGCCAUCGUCAUCCUCAUCAUAAUCUUCAUCGUGCUGUGGAAGUGCGGCUUUUUCAAGAGGGAGAAAAAGGCAAGGUGCAGAAAUGGAAGCGAGAGAGUGGUUACUACGGGAGAAACCAAUCACGUGCUCCACGAAACAGCAAAGCCCCAGAAGACGCCAAAGAGAGUCCAGAAGAGUCCAACGAAAGCCCCAUGGAGUCGGCCAAAGAUGAAAAUGGAGCCAUGCCAUCAUAAAGAACAAUAGAUAUUUAAAAAAAUAUUUUCUUUAAAAUAAUGGAAAGCAAAAACUUUGUCUAGGUUUUUACACAUAAUACCUUUUGUCCAGCAAACAAUGUUGCAAUGAAAGAAAAUGUUUAGUCUCUCCUCUCAAAGAGGAAAAUGUUAAAAAGCAACAAAAUAUUGUACUAAAGAAAACGUCCCUAAACCUAUUUAUGGUGUACUCAAAUGUUCAAAAAAGAAAAGAAUGUAACAAAAGCUAAAAUAUUCUUAUAAAAAAUAUGCAAUCCUCACUAAACCUAUUUAGGGUGUACACAAUAUGAAUAACUGAACUGUUCAAUUUCUCCUUGAAAAGAAAAGAAUGUAAAAAAACUAAAUACUCUUCUAAAAAACGUCCUCACUAAACCUAUUCAGUGUGGACACAGUGUGCUCGACAUAAUGAGAGUUCAAGAGACAGUGGAAGCAAUUUACGACUUCGCUUACUUAUAUAUGCUUGUAAAUCCCACCUUUGCAUAUGGCUAAACAGUUAUUGUAAACAUUUGAAUCAUUCUGUACCAACACACAUUUCCACAAUGAAUCCACGUAAAUGCAUAUCUAACAUAAGUUUCCAUAAAUUUAGGUCGACAUUUACAUGCUGAUCUAAAGAUCAUGUAUUCACAGAAUGGACGUCUCCCCUUUAAUAAAUAAAAAUAUCAUUUACUAUAUCUACAUUAUAUCUGUAUAGGGAGUAUUUACAACAUAUGAUUGCUACUAAUAUAUGUCACUGAUUAAAUAUUUGGUAUUAGCUAUGUAAAUAAAACAAAUAUAAUUUA